AUGUCUUCCUCUCUCACACGCCUGAUCCCACCAACGCAAAGCCAAAGCAGUGCGGAGGCACUCCUGCUCACGCCGACGACACAACCCGUCCCGCUCCUGAGCUCGGCACGUGCGAAGCAAUACAGCUACAUCCAUACCGCGCUGAUACCCACAUACUACUACCUCCGCGCGUCCGAGCUGGUAGAGGAUCCUCUGCCCACACUGAUCCAAGAUCUCGUCUUCGUCGUGCUCGCGCAGGCGCUCUUUUGCGCCGUCUCGCUCCCCAGCGCGGGGAGCUGGGACAGCGGUACAAAUGGGGGGAAGAUCAUCGAGGGCACCGCCACGAUUAAAAAUCCUAAGAGCUCCAAGAGUGCAGGUGCGAGCUCGGCGGCGGGGAAUUUGAGGAAGAGGACGGCUCCUGUCGGAACUAAGGGUUCCGUCAAGACGAGUGCUUCUGCUACUGCGGGUGAGAGUCUCGGCGAGAGAGUCAUGCCUACGUUAUUUUCCUCAAUCCUAUCGCUUAUCGUCCCAACAAUCCCGCUCACCAUUAUCGCACUCGUCCUCGGAGCACCUCUGUACCCGACUUCUCUGCUCCCUCACACCCUCCUCCUCUCCCUACACGUCUCCGUGCUAGCCUUCCUGCCCAUCUUCUACACGCACGGCGUCUCCUCGGCAGCUUGGUGUGACGUGGCUGCGGCAUGGCUGCCAUUCGACGAAGCAGGCGUGUGGGCUGCAACAGUUGGGGCCAUGGUCGGCGGGUGGUUCGGAGCGGUCCCCAUCGCCCUGGAUUGGGACCGUGAAUGGCAAAAGUGGCCGUGUACCGUCGUCUGGGGUAUUGUGCUGGGCUGGACCCUUGGCAGACUGCUUACCACCGUUGCAGGCGUUGGCGUGGGGAACAGAAUCAAUCUGAGCGAGAAAGAAGAAGAAUCCCGCCAGCGAUUGAGACCGGAGUUUGUCCUUACAGGGAAAAGUCGCUGA